AUGCAUUUGCGCUUGUUACGCCUUCCACUGCAUAUUGGCACCAUGUCCUUUUCUUCUUGUAUAUGGCACACAGACUCAGCUGCUGCUCGAUAUUCGAGUGUUGCGCUAUUUAAUGACUUUCUGCGGUCCACACGCUGCACUUUAAAAAACUCGCCAGCACCUACGUCGGUACAUGUGUUGAUUGGCAAUGAGGCAGCAGAUGCUGAUUCCAUUGUCAGCUCGCUCAGUUAUGCCUAUUUGAAUCAUCAGCAAAAGCCAGAAUUGCUACACGUACCCGUGUUGCCCAUUCCUCGGUCGGAAUUAAUUUUGCGAUGCGAUGUCUCUGCACUGUUCCAGAAGCUAGGUGUGGAUACUGACGCGCUUGUGUUUGUGGAUGAAUUUCCAUGGGAACUUCAAAGCAAAAUUACAGUUACGCUGAUGGAUCAUAAUGCGAUGAGCAAUAAAAAGAUUCCACACGCGCAUAAUUUUCAGGUUGUGGAGAUUGUCGAUCACCAUUCGGAUCAAGGGCAGCAUUUGGACGCUAAGAAACGAGAGGUUGCGUUUGCCAAUGGAAACGCACUGGUGGCGUCAACAUGCACGCUAGUUGUUGAGAGAAUGAUCAAGAUAAAAAGUGAUGACGUUCACAAACUUUUAGCAACUAUGUUAUUGGGCGUAAUUUCUUUGGAUAGCAUUAACUUUGACCCAAGUGCGAAAAAGGUAACUCCAAGAGACGUCAAGGCGGCAGGGAUACUAGAGCCAAUGGCCUUUGCAGAUAAAGAGGCGUUAUUUAAAUGGCUGCAGACAGAAAAGUUUGACCCUGUGCACUGGCACGCAUUUUCGCUGGUGAAUUGUUUGCAGGCGGAUUACAAAGAGUUUAAAUUUACCACGGCAGCUGGUGACGCGACAAAGGUUGGCAUAAGUGCAAUUUUGAUUGAUUUCGAGACAUUUGUGCGUAAAACUAAAGAUGCUGCUGAGCUGUGCCAAAGGUUGUCUGAAUUUUGCAAACAAAAUGGCAUAGUAUUUCUUGUUAUAAUGACCAUCUUUAUAACGCCCGACAAAGAACGUCACCGCCAGUUGGCUUUCUUUCAAAAAGUCGGAAAUGAUGCGAAGCAUUGUGUGGAGAAGUUAAAAAAAGAAAGAACAUUGCAAAUGGAACCAUUGAUUUUACCGGAAUUGCAUCGCGAUAACCACGUCAUCGCUUUUAAUCAACUUAAUUCAAGUGCCUCACGGAAGCAAGUUGCACCCAUGAUUCUUCGUGCACUUGCUGAUCCUGGUCAAGUGGCUUCAAAGUGA